AUAUAGAUUUUCAAGCAUUCUCCAUGUUUUAUUGCCAAUUCAGCGCCAACAGCAGCCACAAUGAUCAGCUAACACAACGCUGAAGCAUAAUGCUUGGUUUAGCGGUUAGUACAGACCAUGCAAGAGACCGGCUGCCGGGCCGAGGCAUGCUGACUAUCACGCACCCCGCCUCCCGUUCUACGACAUGUAUAAAGAGCAUAAGUUGCUUAACAUCAGAUUUACCCGGAUGUACCCGUGGGGAAACUACGUCAUUGUUCACCGCCGGACGCUCGGUGGCUGAAAGGAUGGAUAAUUUCGUGUAAUAUAUUACAUUAUUAAAAGCUACAGGUAAGUGCUUGUUAUCUAUUUAUAAGCCAAUUUUGACUAAAUUAUUUUGCGCGGGAAGAAGGUCUGCUGUGAGCGAUCCGAUUUGGACAGUGCUAGAAAACCUCCGAGUCCUCCAGUGUAAUGUCGGAGGCGAGUGCUUGAGCACCGGUGAAUUUUAAAUCUUGAGCCCCUCCUUAUUGUGCCGACCUUACCAGUUCCCGUUUACCUCACUUGGAGUAAAUUACGAUCUGAUAACGUUAUUGUGUUUUUGUAUAUAUAGUUGUGGAACAGAAAUCAAAUUCACUAUGAUCCGAUCUUUUGUUUGGAACGCUAACAGCCUGGUAUUGUUGCGUGCACGACGUCUGUCAACGUUCCACUUGCUCAGGCUGGAUUGUUACACUGGCCGUUACCAUGGCGUUUGGUGUUACCAUGCGCAUACACUGCCACUACAAUUUAUUCUGUUCUUGUUUCAAGGAAAGAAAUGAACGAUGACCAUAGUUGACAAACCAUUAGAGAAAUCUGACCUCGAGUCAGUGCGGGGGAAUCGCUCUGGCUCGCUGGCCUCCUUCUCCUCUGGGGACAUGGACGGCAGCUGCUCCAGCUGGGGAGGGGGCUCAUCCACGUCCGACCCCCCCAGGGCAAAGACCCCCUGCAUGGGUCCCACCCCUGGAGCCACCCUGUACAGCGCCGCCGCCGCCACCACCACCAGCGCCUCCACCACCCCCCUCGCUACGGAGCGGCCUAAGGAGCAGGUGACGGCCACCAGCGGCGACGGCAUCGCUCUCCCGCAGAAGGUGCUGUUCCCGGCCGAGCGUCUGAGCCUCAAGUGGAACCAGAUGCACCGCAUCGGAGCUGGCCUCCAGAACCUGGGCAACACCUGCUUCCUCAACUCGGCCCUGCAGUGUCUCACCUACACCACCCCCCUGGCCAACUACAUGCUGUCCCGCGAGCAUUCCAAGACAUGUCAUGAACCUGGGUUUUGCAUGAUGUGCACAAUGCAGAACCACAUCACCCAGGUGUUUGCCAACUCGGGCAACGUCAUCAAACCCAUCGGUGUUCUCAAUGACCUGAAACGGAUUGCCAAGCAUUUCCGCUUUGGGAGUCAGGAGGAUGCCCAUGAGUUCCUGCGGUACACUGUGGAUGCUAUGCAAAAGUCCUGCUUGCCUGGAAACAAAUUGGACCGGCAAACGCAGGCGACCACUCUCAUCCAUCAGAUCUUUGGAGGGUAUUUGAGGUCUAGAGUAAAAUGCCUAAACUGCAAAGCAGUGUCUGAUACAUUUGACCCAUACCUGGAUGUUGCUUUGGACAUUAAGACUGCCCCGACCAUUACUAAGGCUCUGGAGCAGUUUGUCAAGCCGGAGCAACUUGAUGGAGAGAACGCCUACAAGUGUACCAAAUGUAAGAAAAUGGUCCCAGCCUCCAAGAGAUUCACCCUCCACCGCAGCUCUAACGUGCUGACCAUUUCACUCAAGCGGUUUGCCAACUACAACGGCGGCAAGAUCGCCAAGGAUGUGAGGUAUGCGGAGUACCUCGAUCUGCGGCCCUACAUGUCCCAGCCUCAUGGCGAUCCGCUGAUAUACAACCUGUAUGCCGUACUCGUCCACUCUGGCUUUAGCUGCCACGCCGGCCACUACUACUGCUACGUAAAGGGUAGUAACGGGCAGUGGUACCAGAUGAACGACUCGUCGGUGUCUGUCAGUGAUAUCCGUUCGGUUCUUAACCAGCAGGCCUACGUCCUCUUCUACAUCAGGUGUCAUGAUGUCAAGAAUGGAGGGGAGGUGUCCCCAAUGAUCCGCACCCCUCCCAGGCCAGUUCUGAACGUCCGGGGUCUGACGGUCAACCGACCUGCUGUGCCAGCGUCCAAUGGGCCGCCACGCCUGCUCAAGGUUAAUGGGCGGGCGUACCACAGUGGCUUCAGGUACGGCAGUAGCGCCGGCAGCGGCGGCAGCAGCAGCACUUUGACCAAAACUGGGUCAGGCUUGUCCUCUGCUUCCUCGUCUGCAUCAUCCUCCUCCUCCUCCUCCUCCUCUUCCUCCUCCACCACCCAUGCCUCCCAUGCACCCAGGCCCACGGAGAUCGCCGACCCAGACAAGAGGCAGAAAUUGUCCUUCCUCAUCGGCCAGGGCAAGAGUGUCCGGCCGGGCCUGUCCCAGCCGGGCUCCUUGUCCACCUCCGGCUUAUCCCACACUCAGCCCUCGUCCAGUGCUGCUGCCUCCUCGUCAUCCUCCUCCUCCUUCUCCACCUUGCACUCUACCUCAGACCCCUCCCCCUCCUCCUCUGGCUCCAAGCUCAACGGCGCCCCCUACAGCAGCAGUUGCAGUAGUAGUGGCAGCAGCAGCGCCACUGCUGCCUCUGCCCUGCUUGUGCCCUACGGUGAGGAGUCCUCCGAGGAGUCGGACCAGGAGAGCAAUAGCGGCUUCCGGCAGAACGGUCAGAAUGGUCAGAAUGGUGAGGAGCACGGUGCUGCCAAGCCUACCAACGGGAAGAGGAACGGACAUGGCAUGUCGCCGCCGGCUAAAAGGCACACCAGCGAUCUCAUGGCUAGCCAACCCAAGACCAACGGUUCUUCCAAUGGCUAUGCCAAUGGCCACGAUGACCUCAAGCCCAGCCAGAAUGGUCACAAAGGCCACCACAAGGUCAAUGGUGUGAAGGUUCAUGGAAAUGGUCAUGUGACCUCUCCCAACUCCUUUCAUGGCCGGGAAGCUGAGUUCAGGGCCAAUCCAGGCCUCAGCAAGCCAAGCUCCAGCAAAACCCCUGAUGCCUGUGCUGGCAUGAGUGUGCCUUCUGUUGGCAAGAAUGGCCAUGAGUCCCCACCUCACACCUCUGGUAGCCUGCGGGACUCAGGCGAGGCUAGCGCCUCCUCCCAGCUGGACGGCUCCUCUGUCCUUUCGCCGCCAGCCCGUGAGGCGCCAGCCGAGACGCGGGCCAAGCUGCCCGAGGUGUGUGCAGACAGCCUCCCGAACUCCAAGGAGCAGACGCCGCAGGCCUUUGAGGUGAAGCACGUGACUCAUAACGGUUCGGGAGAUUGCCCCUCGGACUCUCAGGCAAGGGGUCCCACCAGUGAGCGCGUGCACGUGAACGGACUCAACGGGCGGCCAGAGGCGGGCGAUGCCGGGACUACUAAGCACACCGGCCGAGAUGAGCGGGAGCGCGACUGGAGCCGGCAAGCACGCCCGUCCGACUACUCCUCGAAGGACCGCGAGAGGGAUCGGGACCGUGACCCGCACCGCCGCUAUUAUGACCACAACGGUGGCAGCGACCGGGGAAGGGACCGGUACGGCAACGGCUACGGUCACCGCGGUGACCGGGAGUUCCGUCCUCCCCGCCCGCGCUCUGGCAGCCGAGAACGCUACCCCCGCGACUCGGAUCGCCACCGGGAACGCCACAGGUACUACCACCACCGUGACCACAACCGAGACUAUUACCGUCACCGAUCCAGAGGCGAGCGCGAUCGUGACCGGCGACCUGUCGUCGGGGAGUAUAACCACCACCGAGGGUCUGGACACAGGGAGGACGGCCCCAGCCGCUGGGCAGGCGAGGAGGGGCGCUCGCGACCGCACCACAGCGAGGACGAGGAAACGUCCAGCAGGGCCAAACCGUCCACCUACUGCUCCUCCUCUGCCUCUAGUGGGCACGCGGACAGGAAACGCAGCCUGAAGGAUGACCACUCAGAGGAGCGGCAGGUCAAGAAACACAAGAAGUCCAAGAAGAAAAAGAAGAGCAAAGACAAGGACAAGCAUAGGGGUUCAGAUCUGGACUCCCCCGAGCGGCCCAGCGACCGCACCUCUGUGAGACACAAGAAGAAGAAGAAGAAGAAAAAGAAGAGGAGGCACGAGGACGAGCGCAGCCACCGCAGCUCCAGCGCCGAGGAAUGUUCCGGCCGCAAGCGCCACAGCCACGACCGUGACCCGUCGCUGCAGGACCCCAAGCGUGCCCGCCUCGACAACCACUCUGCCUACGCCCCCGGCGCCAAACACCGCCAGCUGAAUGGCCACAUAGGUAAUGGUUACUCCUCCGGCUCUUCCCAGGAAGGCUACAGCACCCAGGGAGUCUCUAGGGAGGCUAAAUACAUGAUGGCAUCUGGUCGGCUGUCGAGUCCUGUGCGUGUUGGAUCAAGUGAGGACAAGAGAAGGGGCUCUGGGAUGACCACAGCUGAUGUCAAUGGGCAUGUGGUUUAGAAGACUCCUUUAUUGUCUCUUGAUGCCCAGAAAUGGAAAACUGUCAAAAAUAAGCUUUUGAAAAAUUGAAAGAAAUCUACAGCAAAAGAAUGAGAUUCUUCUAGUUGAACCUGGUGCUUUAAAUCAUUGAUGAUACUGUAUUUUUAACCACACAAAAAGUGCUUUUGUGUGGCUUUUAAAAACUUUUUUAAUGGACCGGAUGGGAUUUUUCUUUUCUUUUUAUUUAAGUUCACUCUUCAGCUGUGAACUCUAACUCAAUGGAAGUUUAGAAUUUAGAGUUAAUAUAUACAUUCAAAAAUGGGAAAAAAAGGACAAAAGCCUGGAGCUUGAACAUCUUACUUGCUGCUCAGUCACAGACUCAGGACACAACUUUCUCAAGGCGAGUAGCUAAUUCCCUCUGAGGAUGUAUCUCUCGCCCACAACCCCCCCUCCG